AUGUCAAUUGAUAACUCAUGGCCAGAUGUAAAAGAGACGAUCAGGUCAACUGAAAAUACAGCGCGAAAUGUAGAACAGCAUAUACACGGCCUGACCGAAAAGCUUGACGCGUCACGACGUCUCAUUAACGACCUAUGCCAAAGUCUAGUCCGACAAAAGGUUUAUCAUGAUAGUGCGCGAGACGCGAGUUUGUCCACUAGUGAUACUGUGUUUCAAAAAUAUCUUCGGGAUACUAUAUUGUCAAUGGAAGAGCGAAUCGAGCAGUAUGAUCAAAAUAUUGAGGAGCUCGAUCGACACAUAUCUGCAAUAAUAAAUGCAACUCAGGGGGAAGUAAGACCUAAUGCAAUCACAGAAACAAUGCGCCUUCAACACGAGAUAUUUAUGGUCGUAACUGGUAAAGUAGCAACGAUACAUGAGUCGGUUGACAAACUACGGAAGGAAUAUCUCGAAUUCUUAAGAAUGACUGGGGAUAUGAGUAAUCCGUUUGUCGAGAGUGAUGUUGCUGGUGGUAAAGACGUAUCACUACCAAGUUACAUCGCUUCACAUGCACUACCGGAGUCUACUACUCAAACGGCUUCCGGCGCUAACACAACAACUACAGGAUUCAAUAUGUUUAAUUAA